AUGUAUCACAACUUUCAGGUUGAGGGAGGCCGUCACCCGGCGUCAGCCAGCCAGUUGGGCGGUCUUGAUGCCUCAGACACCAAGACGGUCAAGGUCUCCAAAGCCUGCGCCGAAUGCAAGCGACGGAAAAUUCGCUGCGACGGCCAGCACCCGUGCCGACAGUGUAUCUCGACGCGGGUGCCAAAGAAGUGCUUCUACGACAAGCACCGACCCCGAGUCGUGCCAUCAAGGAAAGUUCUUGAGAAUCUGUCACAGUCGCUGGAAGAAUGCCGAUCCGUCAUCAAUCGUCUUUUCCCGAACCAGGAGAUUUUCGAUUUACUACCACUGACGCGAGAAGAACUCCUGGAGCUGUUGCGACAUCCCACGAAACCUCAUGACGAGGCGGUGCUGCCAUCCCCGCCUGCCAAUCCCUCACCACUUGAGGAUGACGAGGAAUCACUCGACCAAGAGGUCGAGCCUGGUGCUGCCGAGCUUGAGCAGAUGCCGACCAAGGACUCGGAAUGGGAUGAAGAGCGACGCGAACAUGAACCCAUUCCCGUCGAAUCGGACGACGUCAACGCCCUAUCACUGACAAUGGACAAGCGGGCAUCGUACCUGGGGGCCUCGUCCGUCAAGGCGGUUCUCAUGGUGAUGCUCAAGCUUAAACCGCAGCUCAGAAAUGCCCUCGCCACGCCUCGCAACAUGGCGGCUGCCACAGGUGCCAUCGCCGUUCAACCCGAAGCCAUGCGCCGCGCCUCGGCCGUCGAGUCAAAACCAGCAGCAAAAGUGCCGUGGACAUGGCGCGGUCAGACCUUUGUCGACGCCUACUUCAAGCGGGUUCACGCCUUCAUUCCGAUGCUCGACGAGGCAAGCUUCCGUGCCGACUACUCCCUUGGUCAGCGCGUCGACUCGCCGUGGUUGGCCCUGCUGCACGCUGUGCUGGCCAUGGGCAGCAUCGCAGCCACCAAGUCGAGCGACCUCCAUCACGAACAGCUGUACCAGCAGGCCAUGACUCACCUCACCAUUGAUUCUUUCGGAUCCAGCCGCGUCGAGACGGUCCAGGCUCUGGCCAUUAUCGGAGGCUUUUAUCUGCACUACAUCAACCGCCCCAACAUGGCCAACGCGAUUCUCGGAGCCGCCGUCCGCAUGGCGAGUGCACUGGGUCUCCACCGAGAAUCCCUUGCGCAGGGCCUGUCAGAAACAGAUGUACUUGCUGCUGAGAUCAGGAGGAGGACAUGGUGGUCCCUGUUCUGCCUCGACACAUGGGCGACGACGACCAUGGGCCGUCCCUCCUUUGGGCGCCGGGGGCCUGGGAUCAACAUCCGGUCUCCCGAGCUGGGCAUCAGUCAGGCCGCCGAGUCAGCACAGCACGCCGGCGUGCUCCCCAUGAUCGAAAACAUCAAGUUCUGCCGAAUCGCCACACAGAUCCAGGACACCCUCGCCGCGAGCUCGCUGCCCUCGACCGACGACCGCCAGAGCAUGGACACGCAGCUCGUGACCUGGUACGAGAGCCUGCCCUGGCUGCUCGGCACGACGCAGCCCUGCGCCGAGCCGCUGUACAUUGCCCGCUGCGUCAUGAAGUGGCGCUACCAGAACCUCAGGAUGCUGCUCCACCGGCCCGUGCUCCUCACCUGGGCCGCGAGCCAGCAGCGGCCGGUGCCGGCGCGGUCGCACCGGCGCGCCUCGCACGCGCCGUCGUCCGUGUCGUCGUCCGCCGACGCGGGGACGUCGCCUGGGUCGGGCGUGCUCAACGACGAGGAGAUCCUUGCGUCGAUCAACACGUGCUCUGACAUGGCGGCGCAGACGAUUGAGGACAUCGCGAAGGAGUGGACGCGGAACCAGAUGCUGGGCUGGAACGCUGCUUGGUUCUUGUACCAGGCUGCCAUGAUUCCACUGCUUCGACUGUGCUGGCAGCCGGGCAACACAGAGGCGGACACGUGGAGGAGCCAGAUCGAGACAACACUCGAGAUCCUCGACGCCGUCGGAGACUGGUCGCUGACAGCGUGUCGAAGCCGAGAGGUUGUGAGGCGUGUGUACGAAGCGAGUUGUCAGAACGAAGAGGUUCAGCCGUCUCCGACAGCAGCAGCUAAAUUGAUGGGCGCCAACCCCGUAGCUCAGGGCGACAUGAGCAAUCUGUAUGGAUCGACGGGUGGAAUGGGACAGACGGCGGUGGACUUUGACUUCCGCAUGUCUCCCAUUCGGCUUGACACGGAUAUGGAGGUCGCUGCUUUCAUGGAGCAGGAUUGGAUGUGGGAUCUAGACGGUAUGUUCUGGGGACAGCAACCUGGCACAAACCAACAACAUCAGCAGCAGCAUCCGCAACAGCACGGGUCACUACAGAUGCAUGAUACAAAUGUGCUAUAUGGAGAUGGCAUGACGGUCAUGCCCAUGCAUUACAAUAUGGACAACAUGAAUAACGGCUAA